AUGCGUUUCUCUACCAUCUUCGUCGCUGCCGCCUCCGUCAUGGCUGUCCAGGCUGCUGCCACAACCUCCUCCUCCUCAUCAAAGGCGGCCGCUACCACUACCCCCACCAAGGCAGCAGCGGCCGCAGCCACCACUACUUCCACCAAGGCAGCAGCAGCCGAAGCUACCACCACGGCCGCAAAGAAGGCUGCUGGUGCUAAUGUGGUUCCCGGCGCCGCUUUAGGUCUUGCUGGUGUUGCCAUGCUCCUGGUCUAA